UUUUUAAUAAUUAAUUCCCAAAUUUCUGAUAGUUCAAAUCUUUUUACUUUACCUUCAACAGAUAGAUUUGCUGCAUAACGCAAAACAAGACACUUUCUAUUCGACAUUCAUCCUAAUUGUAACCUAGAGUUACCUGCUGUUGUGAUCUACCUACCUUACCUUACCUUACCUUCAAAUCAAUCGGUGGAUCGUAAAACUACGUAACUGCGUCCCUUUGCUUUUCCUCCUCUGUCCAGGUACACACACAUUUAUUUCCACACAUCAGAACAUCACAGUCAUUUUCUUUCUUUCACAGAUCACCCGCAGGUUUUUAACCAGGAAAAGUUUAAUACGUGUGGCUUUAACUUCCAAUACUACAUCUUAAUCGCAUAAACUAUUUCAAUCGUAUAAUUCUCGUCAUCCGAAAUCUACCCCUCUCACCUCGUCAUACUGGUUGGUGCACCUCCAAGCUUAGUUCUCAGAUAGUGACCAAAUUCACCUUCUUGCGCGGGGGAUGUCAAUUCAAUAAAUUAUAUCCAUAUGCGACUUCCUUGGCUGUGGGCUACGUGAAGGAUUACGAAAACUUUCGGUCGCUACGGCUCCUGCUGUUCUAGACAGCUUCCAUCGCAUUCAUUCAAUUUCUCAAACCCUACCAAAUGGACCAAGAUCCAGUAGAGUCGUCGCCAGAACGUGCGGUCUCAUCAGAGCCUUGUUCGACACAUCCACUUCCAUUCGAUGAUAACGAACAGCAUUCUGCCAGAAAGCGACAAAAGACUUCUAGAAGUGGCUCGAGGAGUAGGUCGGUUGACACGACUAAAGCUUCAAAUAUUCCACCCGAUUCGAUGUCGUCACAUAAAGAUGAUUCAGAUGUUCUUCGUGACUCUUUCCCACCAAGCACUCCGACGCGACCUGGCACCGCGCAAUCACAAACCGGACCAACAUCCAGUCGAGUUACAAUCAACCUGCGAACCCCUCAACCUCCUGUAGAAUCGAUAUACUCCAGCUCCCCUUCUCCUAAUACCCCAUCGAAAAUGACACACAUUGUGGACGAUGAAGGUGCCAGAAUUAGUAUUGAAUCCGAAAGCGAUGUACUUUCAACUGUGCCAGCUUCAGUCAUUGAAACCUCCUCUUCCUCUCCUUCUGCCAUGGAAGGAAGCCCAGAGGUUGAACUCGUUCCUAUCAGUUCUGAUGAUCCUGAGCGAAGCCCGACUCUGGGUAUUAUCGACGAGGAAGAAGUCUUUCCUGACCCUCUAAAUCACUUCCCGACUCAACGUCGCGGAGAAAACAUGCUUCAUGCACUCAGGAAGGUUUUACACAUUUUGCAAUUCGGUAAGGAAUCUUGCGCAACCAUGAGAUAAAGGAAACAAUUAACAACCAUUGUAGAUGCCAUUGAUACUGAGGAUUUAUUUGAUCGACUUCGUGCCUGGAUAGAUGAUUUUCUUCGUUUCGCCAGUUCAGACAAUCGCUUGCACAAUGCUUUCACCAGACAUAAAGACUUCUGGAUUGCAUUUCCAGAUAUGAUAUGGGCAUUGAGCUGUCGAAGGUUUGUAAUACCAUACCUGCAAUAAUGGAGGGCACUCUGAGCUAACUUUAUGGCAGUCGUUAUUUCGGAAACUUUAUGAACAGACUUAACUCGCGUUGCAAAUCUCUAACCCACUUCUUAUACGGGUACGCCAAACUUUCCGGGAGAUUCCUCGCAAUGGACGUCAAGUCAUUAUCAUAUGGAACUGACCAAAUACCGGAGCUCGUGUCCGCACAUUUUCUUCACACUUACUCUCACCUACAAAAGAUCAACUCGGAGUCAAAUCACAUUGGAAGAAGUUUGGAAACCCAUUACAACUGGAGGUGGGAGGAAGAUACUGCCGAGCUUCAAACUUAUUUUGAGGAUGGUGGUGGAUCGAUGCUUGCUCUGACCAAGUUCGUUGAAGGGCAGUUGCGGUUCCUCCCAAACUGUCCAAGAUUAUUUGAGAAUUUCUCCGAGCCGUCAAAAUUGAUGGAUAGAAUGACUUUUGCUGCUGCGGCGACUAAGAGACAGUCAGCAUCCGAGAUUUAUGACGAUUCUAGCCGGAGACUCGCCCAUGGAUAUAACUAUUUCAAUCUCAUGUCUUCAGCAUUAGACUCUAUCAUUGAGAAAAAUGCCACGCUUCUCACACCUGAAGCCGCGAAUACGCAUCUUCAAUGUCUAACGCAGAUAUUGUGGAACUCGGCAACGUGGAACCCCCGAAUAGCGAAAGCUCGAAUUGAGAUACAUAGAAAGAUCUGCCCCGAUCUUCCCGAUGCGAUGCUUUCCAAAGCCAUGGCUCUCGAGUGGAAGUUUUUCGUCCUUCAAAAACUUAUCACAUCAACUCAGAUGCAACUUCGAGUGGUUGGUGUAACAACCAUGUGUGCAGAUCUCUUAAAUCUUCAUAGUACUUAUCGAGCAAAGGAAGCGCCGCCAAGCGGUGGCUUAGUUCUUCUUCACUUUGCGAAGUUAGUAUUGCAACAUAAGCUAAUUAACUACAUUGUCGGUAUUGGAUCUCACCCAGAAAUUAUCAAUGAAAGCAGCAACAUCGUCGGCUUUCUAGUAGUAACGAAAACGUACGAGGACGAGCAAACCGAUCUCAUCUGGCAGACAGUGAUAACGAGCCAGGAUCCAAGGGUUGUGGAGGCUAUUCUCAAAAUGAUGAAGAAAACCCUUAACUUACACGAGUACCCAGCGUGCCUCUACAUUUGUCAGAAAGUUGCUUCCCUACCAAUACAAGCCUUCACUGUCGCAAUGAGGGAGUUCUGCGAACAUCUCUUCAGAGAACUUUCAAGCAAGGUAGGUCGUAGAGAUCUCGACGCGUCUCCCUAUGACAUAUGCGUCCGUCUGAUUCGCGAGUCAUCGAUUAUCAGCGAUGAAUACCCGAACGGUUACCCUGAGAUCCAAAGUUUUGCUGCAAGUCACCUACGCGAGUUGCUUGUUCAUGGGCCUGGUCAGGAAGCACGCACAGAUAUCUACCUGAGUUGCAUCAAGGAUAUCUCUGACAAAACUGCCACUGCCCCUGGUAGUAUAUGUGUCGUCAGUGCAUUGCUUCAUCAAAGUUUGAUGCCAGAUCUUCACACACUGACCACUCAGCAUGGCCUUACAAGAUUGAUGGUUGAUGAACUUGAAUCGAACAUAGCUGGAAAUCGUUCUCUUGCUUAUGAUAGCCCUGCCAACAUUGCUCGUCGUGAGAUUUUACUUCAAAUCAUUCUGAUGGAUCCGGACACUAUCAAUGCCGAACUUGGCACACGGCUUUGGAAUUUGUUGGUGGGAUCUCAGUCAAAUGACACAGCCGACCGCCUAGCAGGAUGGCAAAUCUUGAACAAGGCUUUCCAGAAAGCGAAGUUUUGCAAUAGAUACCUUACCAUUUGCUUUCAGAAUUAUCUACCGCAUCUGGAACCUAAUCAUUUCUUAGAUGGAACUCUGCUGUUUGUGAAGAGUGGGGUUUAUUUCUGGCUAGAGGAGAAAGAAAAGGAGUCUCAAGAAGAUGAGAAUGUUAAGCUAGAUCUAUCCUUUGACUUUCUCGCCAUGGAGCAGUUAUGGCGGAUAAUCGAAAGCGCCCCUCAGGGGAAAGUCUAUGAGCAGGCCAUACAAGAGCUUGUCGGUGUUUACGUGGGUCCCUUUAUCCGUAGUCUGCCUCACUUCAAGGCACGGGAGCUACAUUUAGCAUUCCUCACGCGGUGUUUGGACAAAUUAGCAGAUGCUGCAGGUAAAUUGAAGACCUCUAGUACUGAUGGAGCUAGUGGUGAUGAUGAAGAUAUGGUUAUAGUGCUUCCAGAAUUUCACAUUCAAGGACAGGAACUGCUUUUCAUUCGAUCACUCGCAGCUCUUCAAACAUUUCUCGCGGCAUAUUCAUGCCACGCACACUUUGCCACUCCGAAGUUGCGGCCCGCUAUGAGCAUACCAUCGGAUACUGCCGAGGGAACUUCUCUUACGAUCAUGUACCAAGCAUUUGGUGAAACUACUUCGUGUAUAAAGAAACUCACGAUAGGCGCGAAAGACACAGCUGCUACAUUAGUUGCAAAGCUGCAAAAGGAGACUGAUUUUACUUCUUGUAGGGUAUUUUACAGUGGCAGGGAGUUCAUGCACGAUGACGCUGAAUUGUGUAAGUCUGUGGAGAGUCUCAAUUUGAAUGGCCUUGUUCUCGUCAAACGCCGUGACGAAACAGAUCCUCCAUUGCCGAGCCACACUGGUCCUCUCCAAUUGGAAAUCACAAGAAAUUUCGAUCAAAUUUGGAGUUAUCUUGGCAUGCAAGAAAAUUUGGCGGAAAAGGUAUGCGUGAUGGACAUCUAACGGCUGUUAUAAUCCUAACGUUUCUCAGAUCUACUCAUUCCUCAUUCAAUUUCCAGUCUAUGACAAAGUGCUACAGGAUCUUAGCAAUUCUGCCGUCCCAUAUACCGAAAUAUUUCCACUCGGGCAACCAUACAAAGCUCUGUAUGGCUUGUAUGGAUUGAAGCAAUACAUUUCCUCUCAGUCUUCCAAGGUUUACAAUUCAUCUUCCCCGGCGAGGUCUUGACUAACUCAUGCAGGGAUUUAUUGAUACUGCCGGUUUUGAUCGAGCGAUGGCUUUACUCGUCGCUGCUAUCUCAGAUCCAAAAUUCCUUGAAAGUUGUGCACCGCAAACAAUUAGAGAAACUUUAGCCAUGCAUUUUAUCAGCAGCUUGGCGUCACUUCUUAAAGGUAAUGAUAAUGUAUUCGCUCGACUAACCAUCAGCUAAUACUUCAUAGACCCCGCCCUACCUGCAUCAUCGACGGCUGGCAUCGAUGACAAACUUUUGGAGCGUCUCCUAGACUUACUAUAUGCUGCCAAAUCAGUGACGGGUCGAGAAGCCUCGGUUCAUCUGAUAUGGACUAGUGUUGAGGCUUUGCUUGAGGUUGCCAUUCAGAAUUCUGCUUUAUGGAGGACCUUCGUUCGCCAUCUCAAUGGCAGUGAUCUCCUUCAAAAUCUUCUCUUGGAGGAUCUUCGACCAUUUGUCCGAAAAGCUAUCUCAAAGCACAUCACGAGCAAAUGUACCUUCAGUCCCAACCCAGCUCAUGUUUCCCCAUCAGAAGUUGCUAUCACAUUGUGGCCGAUAGUAGCCAAAUUGAUUCCCGAGGCUGUCAAGAGACCUGAACAGUGUGUGGAGACGUUUCAACUUGCACUGACGAUAUUUAAAAGAUUGUUGGAGACAGAAGUCGAUGUAGAUCUUGUCACAGUCGCACGAGAGUGGGGUGAGCUACUCAUCCAUCACGAUAACUGUGAAGAUGUUGGCGUACCCGAAGCCGUUGAUAUGGUUACUCAAGGCUUAGUAAAUCUGUUGCAUCAUGCCGUGAUGAGCAUGAAGCAUCCAGAACAAAAGUUGUCCUGCGAAGGUCUAGGGGUUCACAUCUUCAAGAGACGCUUAUUUCCUACCAUUUCGAACGAGGAUGACAUUGGAAAUAAUGGACUUAUUGCCCAAAAAAUUCCAGUGAUAAAUUCCAAAACUCGACAUACCAUGGGGGAGACUGUAUUGGCUCUAGUUAAAGACGACAUUACCCAGUACAAAGAACUAUUGCAGCUACUAUCAGAAGUUGCUCCUUAUGAGCACAGGGCCAUUGACCCAUAUCUCUUCGACAUGCAAAUUGUAUAUGAAAGAUCGAAGGCUGUCAGAUCUCCGACUGGUUAUGUUGGCCUGAAAAAUCUUUCUAAUACGUGCUAUCUCAACUCUCUAGUUACGCAGCUAUUUAUGAAUUUGUCAUUCAGGGAAUUCAUUCUCCAUUCACCUGUCACUGUUCCAGGUUCGCAAAAGCUACUCAUUGAGACUCAACAAUUGUUCUCUUUCAUGCAAAAUAGUAUGCAACGGUUCGUCGAUCCAACUAAUUUUGCUGCGUCUAUUACAACUUUUGAGGAGACGGAGAUUGACGUCACCGUCCAAAUGGAUGUUGACGAGUUCUACAACCUUCUCUUCGAUCGUUUCGAACGUGAAAACUUAACAGACGAUGACAAACGCAAGGUUCGAUCAUUUUAUGGAGGCAAAUUGGUACAGCAGAUCAAGUCGCAAGAAUGCCCUCAUAUCUCGGGGAGACUAGAAGACUUCUCCGCCAUUCAAUGUGAUAUUAAGGGGAAAAAAUCCCUCCAAGAAAGUCUGCAGGCUUAUGUAGAGGGCGAAGCCAUGGAAGGGGAAAACAAGUACAAAUGCGAAGCUUGUGAUCGCCAUGUCAACGCAGUCAAACGGGCGUGUCUCACGGAUGUGCCGGAUAAUUUGAUCUUUCAUUUGAAAAGGUUCGAUUACAAUCUCCGCACAAUGACACGUAAUAAGAUCAACGACCACUUUACAUUUCCACCAUCGAUAGACAUGCGGCCUUACAAGGUUGAAUACCUCAUGAACGAAUCAGGUGAAGUUGAAGAGGAUAUGUUUGAGCUUGUCGGCGUACUUGUCCAUACUGGAACAGCAGAAACUGGCCAUUACUAUUCUUACAUCCGAGAGCGGCCACAGGUUGGUGGCCAAGAAAAUUGGGUGGAGUUCAAUGAUGACGCGGUAACUUCUUGGGAGCCAGGCUUCAUGGAGUCAGCCUGCUUUGGUGGUCUUGAGCAUGGGGCUAUUGAUAACAUGCCGUUUGAAAAGAACUAUAGUGCCUACAUGUUGUUUUAUCAGCGUUCUUCCACAUUGACCGUCGCAAACGACGAACUGGCCAAGAAGGAUAAUGGAGUUUUAUCGAAGGCAGUUGUCAACACGCUACAGGGGAGCUGCAUAAACAUGAAGAACAAGCCUGUGGUGCGCAACCCAUUGAAGAUAGCUGUCGAGCCACGACAGGCGAACCACAUCACCCUAGAGAACGAGCUUGUAAUGCGUAAGUACUGUCUCCACGAUCCUGCCCAUGUCCUACUGGUUCGGAAUAUGUUUGAAAACACAAGGCACCUGAAUAAGCUCCUGCACAAUGGCAAGUGCUCAGACCCGCACGAUCUCGAAAAGCAAGCCAUGUGGGUUGCAAUGUGUCAUCUGGACCAAGUAGUCGCACGUUCAAAAGAUGUCCCAGACCUCGGAACAUACGUAAACUCCUUACGGGCACAAUGCCAAUAUUGCGGAGAAUGCAGCCGGGACUUUCUUGACUACCUUUGUAGAUGCACAGACUCUUUCCGUUUCUUGCUUCUGAAGUGUCCUGAAGCCGCGGUCCGUUCAGAGGUAGGUGUUGCAGUCCUAGGAGCCUUAUUAUCGGUAAAGAAUGGAAUACGAUAUGCGUAUGGUCUUAGUAACGGUGGCCGCGUUCGUUCUGACGAUCCAAAUUUGCUUCAAGAUGUGGUUGCCGCGUUGGUCCGACUGUACGAAAACUUUCACAACAGUAUAAGGGCUUGGCCUGAAUACUUUGGCUUGCUCGCUAGCAUCGCUAACCUCGGGAAUCACGAGGCAGCAGUUCUCCUCGACUCUGGAUUUCUCAUGAAAGCUAUAGAUAUCAUCUGCGCGGAUACGAUAGACAAUGAUUCUCAAUUAACACGAAUGCUUCAAGCGAUUUCCAAAAGGAAUUUGAUGCAAAGACCAGUUUCUUAUGAUAGCAUCAUCGACCUCUUAGCUCGACUCAUCUCAGUUUGCGACCCGGUGGCUGCCGAAAUCGAUCAGUCUAGUUCACGGCUGCAACUAUCUCUUGGUGGUCGUAAAAUACCCUUUUCGUUUGAUGAAAGGAACAGAAUUAAUUGCCACUGGACGAGGACUAAGGCCCAUAUCCUCACUGAAAAGCUUCUCAUGAUUAAUCAGAACCAGCACGCAACGAAAUCAAUUAUCGCCACACUACUACACUUUCCACAUCCGGACGAUCUUGAUCUUGACCAAUAUAUGUAUUGUGCAAUUACUCAUGGCAUUAAAAGGAACAGUCAAACAUUGUGGGGUCCAUUUUUAAGAGCCGCGAUAUUGUAUUGCGAGCAUUCAGAAAACCCGAAAGCAAUUCCGGAUAUGGCUUUUCAUGUUGCGAAAAAUUCGUUUAAUCUUGACAAUAAUGAUGGAUCAGAGUAUCUUCGGUUCUUCAAAGAUCUCAUCACUUUGCAAAGCAACAGCAACGACAUUUCCCAAGAGGAAAUUACAAAGAUUGUUUUGUCUACACUUACUCAUUGGGUCCCUACACUUCUCACUCAUCACCAAAAUGCUGUCAGAUCUGAUACUGAGGAUUUCCUUGGGGAACUUAUCUUCAAUAUCGGUGUCGAAGAGGACGAUACAUCACCAGGAAAUGAACAAACCCUGGCAGACCACAGGCGGGAACAGACGCGUAGGUUGGGCAGCGCUUGUUUAGAAUAUUUACAAGAUGUUUAUAUACGACAACGCGUGCAAGCCGUUAGGACAGUUAUGAUUAACAUCGAGCAUGUUGUUGGUCUUUGUCUUCAAUAUUUUGAGCCCGGACCAGCAGCCGAUCGAUACAAGUUGAGCAUGGACAGUAAGUCAACGUCAUUUCGAUUCGUAACAAAAAAGCAACUAAAAUAUUUUAGAUCUCUGGAAUCACUUAAGAAGAUAUAUGGUUGAGGAAGUAGACGAUGGUUCUGGUAGGAUAUCGCACUCUGGCCUAUUUAAAACAUGCUAACCAUAUCAUAGCAUGGGAAAAUUCUGAUGAUGAAUAUGGCUCUGAUGAACCGAUGGACAACACAACGGAACUUUGUGAACCUAUGGAUAGUGAGUUAGAUGGACAGCUCUAACUUUAUUGUCCAAAUGAUUUCUGUGAUACUACCACCUUCAAUUUUCAUCUUUUGAUUAUAAGCUGUUGAAGCUUCCGAAUACUUCAGUCUCCACAGGCGUAUGGUGUUAUUGAACGACGGGAUCAAAUACUGGCCGGAUGAAUUCACUGUUAAUUGCGACAAGUCAUAAAAAGGCGUUAUAUGUGGCGCAAUAUUUUCAAAGACUCAUAACUAGCAAUAUUGGCGAAUGGCUUUUACUAAUUUUGAUGAAAUGCAUUGGCUCAGUCGGGGUUUGGUUAUGGACAUUGGGAACUGGUAUUGGCGGCGGAUUGGGCUGGGCAGGCUGGACUGGGCUGGGUUGGAAUGAACGGAGUUGAUACAGUGGAUGGGAUAAAUCACUCAUGAUAUUUUGUUUUUCCUUCACUGUGAUUUUAGUUUUCUUUUAUCUUAUGGAUGGGUGAAAUGGACUGGGAUGGAAUGGGAAGAUGGAUGGAUGAUUAGAUGACGGAUGGCGUUGUGAAGUCUAUCGGACAUGUUUUUUUUAGGGAUGAAUGAUGCAAAGGAACAACGAGAGUAUGAUAGUGAGAAGAAAUUAUGAUAUUAUGCUGAAAGGGCAGGGAAUUACGUAGCUAGCUGAGUUAUGAGCAAGAUAAGGCAAGUACUUGCGAGCGAAGAGGAUAUGCCUUGGAGAA